CGAAGCAGAACUUUGUGGCGAUAGGAUGCAAUGAUGGGACGAUCGCUGUUUAUCAUCUCAUUUUCAGCACUGUACACGGGCUAUACCAGGACCGUUAUGCAUAUCGAGAUUUAAUGACUGACGUCAUUAUUCAGCACUUGAUCACGGAGCAAAAGGUAAGAAUCAAGUGUCGUGAUUACGUCAAACGUAUUGCGGUCUAUAGGGAGCGACUUGCGGUGCAGCUUCCUGACCGUGUGAUCAUCUACGAGCUUGCGGAGGAUGAUGGCUUUGAUAUGCAGUAUCGCGUCAGCACUAAGAUUCAGAGGAAGCUAGAUUGCAACCUACUGGUUCUCACAUCCAUGCACAUCAUUCUUUGCCAGGAAAAAAAGCUCCAACUAUACAACUUUGAUGGGAAUAAGGAAAGAGAAUGGCUGCUUGACUCAAUCAUUCGGUAUAUCAAGGUUAUUGGAGGACCAAAUGGUCGCGAGGGCCUGUUGGUGGGCCUGAAGAGCGGUUUGAUCCUGAAGAUUUUCAUUGACAACGCGUUCCCCAUUCAGUUAAUAAAGCAUCAUGCAUCCAUUCGCUGCCUCGACCUUAGUUCGACCCGACAGAAACUGGCAGUUGUGGACGAGAAUACGUCGAUUCUUGUAUUCAGCCUCCAGACGAAGGAGCUGUUGUUUGAAGAGAAAAAUGCAAACAGUGUUGCAUGGAACACAGAGAUGGAGGACAUGCUAUGCUAUUCCGGAAGUGGAAUGCUUUCCAUAAAAACAGGAUCAUUUCCUGUUCAUCAGCAAAAGCUUCAGGGAUUUGUUGUUGGUUUCAAGAGCUCAAAGAUAUUUUGUUUGCAUUAUGUCUGCAUGCAGGAGGAGGAGAGGACGAAGAGGAAGAGGAAGAGCGAGAAGAAGAAGAAGAAGAAGAAGAAGAAGAAGAAGAAGAAGAAGAGGAAGAGGAAGAAGAAGCGAAGGAGGAGGACAAGAAGAAGAAGAAGAAGAAGAAGAAGAAGACGAAGACGAAGACGAAGAAGAAGAAGAAGAAGAAGAAGCGAAGGAGGAGGACAAGACGAAGAAGAAGAAGAAGAAGAAGAAGAAGAAGAAGAAGAAGAAGAAGAACAAGAACAAGAAGAAGAAGAAGAAGAAGAAGAACAAGAAGAAGAAGAGGAAGAGGAAGAAGAAGCGAAGGAGGAGGACAAGAAGAAGAAGAAGAAGAAGAAGAAGAAGAAGAAGAAGAAGAAGAAGAAGAAGAAGAAGAAGAAGAAGACGAAGAAGAAGAGUGGAGUAUGGCGGGAAGAAAGGUUCGGCGAGACGAAGUUGGGGGAAAGAGGGGGAGAAGAAGAAGAAGAAGAAGAAGAAGAAGAAGAAGAAGAAGAAGCGAAGGUGGAGGUGGAGGAGGAGGAGAAGAAGAAGAAGAAGAAGAAGAAGAAGAAGAAGAAGAAGAAGAAGAAGAAGAAGGGUGGAACGAUAGAUGUUCCCCAAUCGGCAAGCAUGCACCGGUACAUGGAGAAGAAAGACUUUCUGAAUGCGUAUCGAGUUGCAUGCCUGGGGGUGACUGACAGUGACUGGUAUCAGCUGGCUAUGGAGGCUCUGCAGGCAAUGUCACUGGAGAUUGCCCGUAAAGCCUUCAUUCGGGUUCGGGAUGUGCGGCACAUAGAGCUGCUUAACAGGAUUGAGAAGGCAAGGAAAAAUGGCGGGGAUGAGAGCCUCUUCCUGGCAGAGAUUCUGGCUUAUCAGGCGAGUGUGUUUUGACAUCCUGGUUGGUCUUGUCCCGUCGUUUGGCCUGUAGUUGGCGGGGGCGGUGCUUGCAUGUGGGACUUGUCAUCUAGGAUUGUCAUUUAGGAUUUGUUUUAAUUUUGUUUGCUUCGAUUUUGUUAUUGGGCAUCCUGGUUGGUUGUUUCCCGUUGUUCGGCCUUUUGAGCGCGGGGCGGUGCUUGUAUGUGGGAAUCGUCCUCUGGGAUUGUCUUCUUUUCUAAGUUGUCACACUGUGAUCAAGGGCGCAGGAGCCUUUCUUUAUUUUCUUUGUAGAUAAGAAUGUUUUGAUAUC